AUGCCCACCCAUCUUCUAUUCAAGGUAGUCUGCUUUGGACUUGGAAGCCUUGGCUGGUCGAUUGAGAUUGAAGAUGAGAGAUACGUGCCGGCAGACAGAGUGUACUCUGCGAUCGUGCAGCAUGCAGCGGCUUUAACAAUUGCCAAAGUGAUUGGCAAGCGGCUGCAUGUUGGCGGCCUGACUGUGUUCUGCCAGGACCCCAUUUACAACAAUGCCGACAAGCGUGUGCUUGCCGAGUCUGGUAUCCAAGUCGUGGAUGGCCGCGGCGGCCUCGCAUUUACGUAUAUCGAUGAGAACACCUUCGUCCUCAGUUACCACCCAAACAUUCCGGUGAAGCAAGUUGUUGCCAACCUCCGCCUUUACUUGUACCCAAAGGUCAAGAAACACUUAGCCACGACGAAGGCCUCAAGUUCGACCACGACGCCCUGCUUGCCGACGAAGAAUUGGUAG